AUGAAUUAUUUGACGCCAAUGGUUAGCCACUUCGUAAACCAUACAAUGGAUAGAAUUAUAUACAUAGGAUACAACCAUAAAAUGGGAUACAACAGGAUACAAAUGAGAUACAGUAAGAUACAAAUGGGAUACAGCAGGAUACAAAUGGGAUACAGCAGGAUACAAAUGGGAUACAGUAAGAUACAAAUGGGAUACAGCAGGAUACAAAUGGGAUACAGCAGGAUACAAAUGGGAUACAGUAAGAUACAAAUAGGAUACAGCAGUAUACAAAUGGGAUACAGCAGGAUACAAAUGGGUUACAGUAAGAUACAAAUGGAAUACAGCAGGAUACAAAUGGGAUACAGCAGGAUACAAAUGGGAUACAGUAAGAUGCAAAUGGGAUACAGUAAGAUACAAAAUAUCCAAUAUCUAAAAUCCAGUUAA